AUAAAGCCAGAGAUGCGCCGUGAAUCCUUGGUAUCACGUAUCGGUCGUCGUUUAAGGACGAAAGGAGUACCAAUUAUCCGUAAACGAAGACGUUCUACAAUGAAGACGAUUAUCAUCUUCGCGAUAGCGAUAGCGGGAGCUCUGGCGGCACCCCAGAAUCCAAAUGACAUCACGAUCAUAAAGCAAGAAGAAUCGAAUAAUAUUGGGGUGGGUGGUUAUCACUUCAGUUACGAACAGAGCGACGGACAAAAGAGGGAAGAAACCGCUGAAUUGAAGAACGAGGGAACGGACGACGAAUCCCUCGACGUUACUGGCAGUUUCACCUUCACGUCACCGGACGGGCACACGUACAGGGUUGACUACACCGCCGACAAGGAUGGUUUCCACCCCACUAUCAAUCUCGUUAAAUAAGAAUGUCUGAGAACUUAAGUUCCGUGGUAACAUUGUCUAGGACCUAGGAUUUUCCGACCAUCGGCAUACGCCAAUAUAAAAAGUGCAUUAGGAUAUUGCAUAGAUAUAAGUAGACUUUACAAUCGUGUGGCACACGAUUCGCUACUCAACAUUUUUAAAAAUAUUGAGCACAGAUUUAAAAUGGAUUGCAUCUUUCCUGAAUAUUGUUCAUUAUUGAAAUAUGUAUAUCCAGUACAUUUUUAUUCCAAUUUGCGACUUGAAGCAGAAAUAUUACUGAUCGAAACAAUAUAUGCAAUCGUUCGAUACAGCAAAGAAGUGUUGAGCUAUGAGGAAAUGGAAAAUGAUAAAAGAUUAUCAUAAAUGUUACGAGUGAAACGUGUGCCAACGUGUAAAGCAAGUUACUUUACAUAAUUUUGAUCAGAAACUACUGAUAAACAUUUUGAACGAGAGGCGUUACAAGUUCCAUUUUAUGAGAGGCGACGACGAAGCGCUCAUUCACCCAAUUUAGAAUACUAAAUAUGUGAAUACGAGUAAACAAUUUUUGUAUACAAAUAUUUACCGUAUGCAUGUAACAAAGCACCGCUCGCGUAAAUAAAUACGUACACAAAUAAAACGCAUGUUCA